CAACCAUGUCUUACCCUCCGCCAAACAGUCCUCCUCCACAUGGGCAAUACUACCCACCGCCUCCCGAAAAGAGCGGGUUUCAGGACCAGCAACACGGCCAAGCACAGCAGCAACAGUUUGCACCUCCACCAGGCAGCCAGCAGUACUAUCCUCCACCUCCCAGUGGAGCACAGUAUAAGCCAGAACAGAGCUACGGUGCUGAUCCCCACCGAGCCUCCUACCAAACUCCCGUCUCGCCCCCUCCUGCGCAGCCUCCACAUCCUGGGCAACAACAGCAAUUUGCUGCUCCACCUCCACCAGGAAGCAAUGUAGGACAACACCAAGGGCAUAGUGCACCUCCUCAAUCGGGCGUUGGCGCUGGCCAAGGUGUCGCGCCCUCCCCAUCUCCACAACCAACGUUGAAUGCGAACUCGGCCACACAGAUUCCAGGUGGUGGACCUUCACAAUCGCACUUCAUAGGCGCCGGGACUACUCAGGACGAUGUUGGCACGUUCAAUGGUGGAAGCUAUAGAGUCAGUCACCGUGACACCAACACAAUCUUGACUGUCCAAUUGGCAAUGGGUUGUCCAUUGGUUGCUAAGCCAGGUGCUAUGAUUGCGAUGUCGCCUUCAGUCACACUGAAGGGGGGCGUCAAAUUCAGUAUGAAGAAAUUAAUCGCUGGAGGUGAAAUGGCGACUUCGACUUACACAGGACCGGGCGAACUAUUACUUGCUCCCGCAGCUCUUGGUGAUAUCUCCAAUAUCAGAUUGUCCGGGCAAGAGCAAUGGAGCGUUGGCAAAGAUGCGUUCCUUGCAUGCACUCAAGGUAUCGUAAAAGAAUACAAGAGUCAAGGCUUUGGAAAGGCCAUGUUCUCCGGCGAAGGCUUAUUCGUAUACCGAAUCUCUGGCUCUGGCAUCCUCUGGGUCACGAGUUUGGGCGCGAUUAUCCGUAAAGAUCUCGCACCAGAAGAGAAAUAUAUCGUUGAUAAUGGGCAUCUGGUAGCGUGGAACUGCAAAUACGUUCUGGAACGCGUUGCUAGUGGUGGUAUUAUUUCAGGACUAUCCUCAGGAGAAGGGCUUGUGUGCAAGUUCACCGGACCCGGAACUGUUUUCAUCCAGACAAGGAAUCCCACUGCAUUUGCCCAGUGGCUUACAGCGCAUGCAGCAGGGGGCGCGGCUUAAGGAGGUGAGCUCUACAUAACAUUAUAUGUAGCAGACUGGCAAAAGUAAAGCUUUUCAGGUUUCCUAUUUUCUUUUGUACGCCCAUAUGGUAGGUAUCGUAUGACGAGCCAGACUGCAGUAAUGAUAUCCUCCGUAUCAUACAAAGGCGCAGCUCUUUCAGUCGACAAGCAUAUAACAGAU